AUGAUCAUUUUAAGCAUUUUCUUCUUUGUUUACAGCGCAACAACAGUUUUCAGAUGUGGCACAUUCAUCAAGCAUCAGCACCAGGUCAUGGUACUUGGCGGUUCAAUCCUCGGUAUCUGUCUUUGCUUGGCAAAUGUUUAUCCUUGCAUUGAAAGAAGACCGUGGGGACCGCCAUUUUUUGUGGGCGUAAUAAUCGUCGGAAUUAUCGUUUUCGUAUCGACCCACUUUUGGUUAAGAAGAAGAGAUCACAAAGCACUUUGUUUACUGGACGAAAUCAAUGAUACACAGGAUAUUACCAUUAUUAGAAAGAAGAACUACCUCAAGGAAAUGAUUUCCAUUGGAUUCAUGUAUAAUCACCCAAUGUGCUGCUCAUUACUCAUCUUCAAGCUUGCUGUUGAACAAUGGAAGGACUGUGUUGACAUUUGGGCUAUGUAUGCAAAGUUCACAGCUAUUUAUCCAGAGAGAAUUACACAAUUAGAGUUCAUAGCCAUGAAUAUCAACGCAAUGAACCUCAGAACAGCUGAAGUUUCCAUUGUUUUAAGCAGUAUCGGACAGAUUACAAAGACAAGAGAAACAAAAUUCACUCCACAGUUGAAAUAUAAGAUUUCUAAGCUUUCAAAGAUGUUCAACAAGACAAAGAACAGACUUAGAAACAUCUGGGACCUCACAUUGCAAGGCAACAUUGCAGAAAUGAACAUUGCCAUCAAAAGAACUAAAGAAUCAGUCUCAGAAUGCCAAAGAGAGAUGAAUUUCCUCUUAAUGCAAUAUCCUAAUAAUCGUUUCGUAUCUCGCCAAUACGUUUUAUUCGUUACAGAAAUUUUAGGAGAUCCAUUAUUAGGAAAGCAAGCCACAGAAUCAAUGGUCAAGAUCGCCAGAGGCUACAGAUUACAAGAAGAUACAGUUCAUGAGCUUGGAAUCAAAGCUUUCCCUAAUCUUCCAGAAUUUGCCAUUGAUAUGGAGAAUUCCACAAAAUUAGUCAUCGAAACAGAGACACCAAUCGAAGACAAUGUUACUGUGAUGUCAGAUGAUAACAUAAACUACGAAUCUGUCGAACAAAUUACAAAUCAGAUCAAUAAGCACAAGAUUCCAGCGAUUUCGUUCAUGAUUACAUCCACAUUCUUAGCAUACAUAUUACUUAUCUUCAUUCCUCUCGUUGCUUUGAUCAUUUACUUCAAUUAUUUCUCAGAAAUAAUUUCUCAACCGACAGAAUUCAUGAAAGGCAUUGCUCUCACACGUAAUAACAUUGCUAUGCUCAACUGCUUUGUCGGGCGCCUUGUUUUCCAAGAGUUGGAAGAUCCAAGGAACCCAGGAGAGACAUUUAUGGGAAGAUUACAGUUACAACAAAAUUUCCCAAUGGACUAA